ACGCCAAUUACCGCGUGGCUGGCGUUUUUAAAACUCGACGGUCACUUCUAUUUUUGUAUGUACUCUCGCCGACGGGAGAGUCCGGCUCUAUUAGUGGAUCGAUUUAAUUGAUCGUAUGUAUGUGUAUCUGUGAUAGCAGUUCAUUGUCGCCGAGUGGAUAGUUUUAAACGAUACGAUUUCCCUCUCUCCGCGCACUUCUGCCGCUUUUGUUCUUUCCCCUCCGUGGGACUAACUGCGAUGACCACCAGGGCACAGCUAACGAUUGACAAUCAUUUCAUUUGUCGUGUAGUCUUACCGAAAGAAACAUGCCUCGCUUCUCAGCUGCUCUCGUCGCUCUGGCGAUUCUGUCGACCGGCAGUAUGUCGGCCGCUGAAAGAGUCAAGGUCGACGUGUACUACGAGCAGUUAUGUCCCUACAGCGUUAUGUUCGUUACUCAGCAAUUGGUUCCUGCUUACGAGUACUUGAAAGACUACGUGACGGUGAAUUUCGUGCCAUUCGGCAAGGCUUCGUACGUGAAGGGCUUCCCGGUGAGAUUCACGUGUCAACAUGGUCCAGCCGAGUGCCAGGGCAACAAGCGGCAGGCUUGCGCUCUCUUCGAGAUUCAACAAUCGGUCAGUCUUACGCACCGACAACGGGCAGCCGUGGAUAUCGUGGGAUGCGUUAUGGCGAACAGUCGUAAAUCCUCGGCCGCUUUGGACUGCGCUAAGAGGAUUGGUCUGACCGAGGCAUCGAUCGAUAACAUCGAACGCUGUAGCAACGGUAUUACGGGUGACGAACUUUUGAUCUCGUACGGAGAAGAGACGAAAGCUUUCGAGUCGCCUCUGCUGGGAGUCCCGUCCGUUGCUCUCAAUGGCGUCAAAAAUAAAAAAGCCACCGAGGACUUUAUCGGCGAAGUCUGCCACCUAAUCGCCGAUAAAAACAAACCGGCCGUCUGCAGGCAAUCUUUGAGCGAACAAACAAGCAGAUAAAGGAAACUGAUUUUCGCACGGACUGUCGUUCGCCAAUUUAUGGAUUUGCCGUUUGAUAUGUGUGCACCACUCGACGGGUAAUGAUGGUUGUGAUAUUGAACUUUGUAAAUCGAUUACUCAUAUGUGUUAAGAUCGCGAAGAUCUCAGUCGAUCGAUUCGAUAAGCAGAGGAAAUGAAAAAAGAUUAAAGGAAUAUUAUCAAUCAUGUGAA